GGGACGGCUAUAAUCCAGCUCACCUCCUCCAGUUCCCCAUUCCCCGCUCUGUACCUCCACGUAACCUGCUCUGGUUUGAAUUUCGGUCUUGAAUUUUCAGUUACUACUAAGUUCUCUACUUCUGAACUCUAGAUCACGCAGUAGAUUUUUUUGAUUCGAAACGCAAGAAGAGGACCAACGAACAUUCUAAGAGAGACUUCAUUGGCAUGCACUGGUGUGAAUCCGCAUUUGCUUGCCCCAAGAAGAAGAAAACAAACACCAUCAGUAAAGUCCAAACUCCACAAAGAUCAUACUAAGUUGAAAAAAAAUGACGCGGGAGUUCGUCGAGGAGGCGGCGAGCUACCUCGAAGGCCAUGAGGUCUACUUCAUCAUGCGAGAUUUGAUGAAGGAGUUGGUCAAGACCCAACCAGAAGAUCCGAUAGGCUUUUUUUAAGGGUAGUGGUAGUCGUUGAUCAUUAUCUCUGGAUGACCCUAAGUGAGUGGUGAAGUGACAACCAGUCCACCACUUGCUUCGGGAAGCAGUGAGAUAUGCUGAUUGUUGCUGUUGGUGCUCCUGAGUGGAUUCUCGCCUUAUUUUCUUGUGAAAUCAAGUGGGGAUGUAGAUUUUAGGUAGCUCCAGGCAGGAACGAAACCACUCAAGGUCAACCAUGGACGUAAUGAUCUACGAGCAAGCUACGACGUCUAAUUUUUGGUCGAGAAAUUGCAGAGCCCAGCUCCAAUCCUACUCUGCAUGCUCGCGCCACCAGGAUUGGAUGGGGACAAGUAACAACUUCGUUUUGCUUGGCCGUGAGUUCCGGGAUAUCCCCCGUUUUAAUCGAAGAAUGUUCUCAGAAAUCAAUCGCAAUCAAUGAAGCAAUCCAAAUAUUCCUUUUACAAUUCAACCUGUUCCUCCAACAUAAUCUAAAUUUUACCGAGGAUAUGCUUUUUCAACCCCAUUUACUUUCUUCACCAUCUAGGCACGCAGCAGCCGUCGCGUCAUCAUUUGACUUGACGCUUGUUGACGUCGACAAAGAGGUCGAUGAAACAAAAGCCACUGCAGAUGCAGACGCAAUAUCAUGUGUCAAAACCGCGCUCGAAAAGGCAGUGUCGAAUAAGGGCGUCCUACUUUACGGCUACCCAAAAACAAAGGCAAAUUUUUUUUUGGAAUAUGAAUGAUAGAUGUGAAUGUGUCUCCUUUUGGUUACUAUAGUAGAUGUGUCUCCUUUUACUUACUUACUUUGAAGAAGAUUCAGGGAAGUCGUAGGUCCAAUCCGAACCGACUAACAUCAUCACUUACUUAGUAGAGUAAGUUCUCUGUAUGAACUCGGUACAAACAUUGUCUAAUGUAUGAUUACCAUUUACUGGACGUUCCUUUAAAACUCCCAAACAAGGAAUCCCAAUCUUUAACUAUUCUCCCAAACAACUAGGUACAAGCCCGAGCAUUGCAGAAUAUGAGGAAAGUUCCAGAUAGCGUGUGCAUAGUAACAGGAGAAGAACACAUAAUAAAAGCGCAUCUAUUGGCGAAGGCGCCAGGCGCAACAGACGAAGAGAAGCAGGACAACGUCAAUUCAAAACUCCAAAUCUACCUACGACAUACACACUCCGUCGCGGAAAUCUUCAAGAACUCAGUACUACUACUAAGGAGCUUACUUUCUUGACACAAGAAGUACUACUAAAAAUAGGUACACACAGAUGAAGUGGUAGGAUGGCCUCCAACGAAUUGAAUUUUUAUAGAUUAGUCAACAUUUGGAUUUGUUGUCACAAAAAUGAUCGGUGUUGUCAUUGUCUACAACCUCAGCUAACUUCCUUGAUCACUGCACCCCCUUUCAGGCAACCGAGGUGAGCUUAACAAAAGGAGGAGAUUCAGUAGUAGACCAAGUCCAGCACGCAGUAGCGCGAGCUGUGAACGAUCCUAGAGGACCACUCAGAGUACUUACUAGAGGACCACAUUCUACAUUGAGUUUUUGUAUCUAUAUACGCUCUGUAUAUCAAUGAAAGUAACCAUUUUCAUUUCAUAGUCUAUGCUUCGAUGUGUUCAAUUUCUAUUUGUUUUGGUAGUACUGCAGGAGCAGAAAAAGGCGGACUUGAGAAGUAUCACAUCCACGCCUUUGACUCACAAAAUUUGAUACUCUUGUUACAACCGAAGAAUUAUUCUGGUAUCAUGAUUCCUCUUUCCCUAGUACCUUGCGGUAAAUCACACCAGAUAUGCGUCCUCGGUCCCUUGGGAAGUGGCAGGUCAACACAGGCUGCCAAGGUCGCGGCAGACUUCGGCGUAGUGCAUGUAGACGUGAACGCUAUGGUAGCAGGAGUGCCAGCAGAAAGUCUUAGUGACGAAGAGAUGUGCGACAAAGUGGGAAAAAGACUUAGACAAGCGGAUUGUACUGGAAUUUAGAGUGUUUCUAGCCUGUCACUCACAUCAAGAAUUUAUAAUGUUCUACUCAUCUUUCGUUACAGCAUAUGCAUAUCUUUUCAAUCACCACUUAUUGUCACUACAGGUCUCCGCAAGGGUUGGGUCCUCGAUGGUUUUCCGGCAACUCCCGCUCAAGCUAGCUUUUUGAAGAAAGCACACUUGUGGCCUAGUCGCGUCGUAGCUCUAUCAGUACCGGAAUCAGUGUGUCUGCAGAGACUGAGUAUCCGUAAAGUGGACCCUGCAACUGGGGAUUACUACUAUGGGACAGCACCUCAACAGGCGAUUCGGCAGAGGUUGGUGCAAUCGGCAGCAGAUAAGCCCGAUCAAGUGUCGGCUAGGUAACUUUUUUUGAAGACUGAGCUUCGCCAAUGAAAGGAAGUUAAAACAGAAACUGCAUCUAUAAUUCAACAUCAGAUGAUAGUAGAUACUGAUUUCUUAUUUUUAUGUACAGAAUAGGUAGCAACUACCUAGACCUGCGUGCCCAUAUUAAGUAAAUCAAUGUUCAUUUUUCGUCUCUCUCUCUUCUCAAAAGUGUACCAGGUGUCAGCACAAGGAUCAUCUUUAUGCAAACAGGUACCACUAUCACUACGAUCGGCAGAAGGCGGUUUUGUCGGAGUUUCAGGGUAUCCAUCAGAUUAUUCGUGGUCAGCAGCAACCAGAGGAUAUUCAGGCUGCUAUCAGAGAGUUCGUCAUGGUGAAACUCUAAAGCUUCUUUCGAUCUUUCAAUUUUACUAGGGUAGCGCUAGGGCGGUAGAGAUAAGAAACAAAGAUGAACAACAGAAAGACAUGUUUCUGCCAGGGGAGUACAGAUCAGAAGCACUGAAUAUCUGACAUUUGGCAGCAUACUCGACUUACUUAUGUUCAAGAACCAACUGCUGAUCCUUCGAUCUUUCACGUGACUACGACAAUGUGGUAGUAAAACUGAGGAAAACCGAGAGAUACCACAUACUUAAUUAGGCAUGUACGCAAGUAAAUUAAUGAGAAGAAUUAGAAGACCGUGUGGAGGUGUUCUUGUAGUUGUUGUAACUAUAUGUUGAAAAAAAUCCGCGCACAAGAGAAGUCAAAACUACUACUUAUAGACUUACAAAAUCCAAAUCAAUUCCAGGGAGCAGAUGAACAGAGUAGUUUACGGAAUACAAAUCUAAUGAUCUCGAUCUCCUUCUAAACCACGCGCUCUUCUUGUAUGCAAUAUGAUCGUGCUCUCUGAACAUAGCUCCGUGUUGUAACACAUGAUGAUGAAAGUAACACAUGUUGAAAGAUACACAUCUUUCCUUGAUGUGACAAAAAAAGUGGAGAUGAUCGUUCCAUCAUGGAGAUGAUCGUCCCAUCAUACUUUCAUCUUCUGCAACAAACAAGGUC